UCAACGUUUAUGUAAAUGAGUGACGUCAGACAUCGGUGUUAUAAAUUAACCUCGGUGAGAGCGGUUUCAGUCACACAACAACCCGCAGGAGGAUCACAAGCUGCGUUUUUACUGGAAUCAGACGUCCUUUGUUGUUUGUGCGCGUGCUCGUUAAGUUUCUGUCCGAACAGGUUCGCCCGGACACACCUGCGACAGGUAGAAGAAGGAAGUAGCGUCGACGGCGCUCCCCACUCAGCUCGUGACCUUCGUGAACAACAGAAGGACAGAAAAGAGCUUUUAGAAGAGGAACGACUUCUGUUGGAGUUCAUUAUUUGUGUCUUCAUCAUGAAACUGUGGAUUUUCCUCCUGGUGGCCGGAUGUGCCACCCUGGUGACCGCUCAGUGUCCUCUGUGCACCACUAUGAAAUGGGGCAGAUGUGAGCAGAAUGACCAAUCCCAGUGCGGCUGUUUCCUACUAGUUGAUGAUGGACGACCACAACCGAUCGACUGCUCUACAUUGGUGCCCAAAUGCUUCCUGAUGAAGGCAGAGAUGUACAGAGCCCGGAAAGGCCAGUCCACCCGCAGCAUCGGAGGAAAACCCGUUGAGACGGCCUUCUUGGACAAUGAUGGCAUCUACGAUCCAGAGUGUGAGGCAGACGGCAGAUUCAGAGCAAGGCAGUGCAACAAUACCGAAGAGUGUUGGUGCGUCAACAGCGCUGGUGUCCGCCGAUCUGACAAGGGUGAUAAGAGCAUGAACUGUAGUCAGCUGGUGGAGACCUACUGGAUCCGUUUUCAGCUGACCCACAAAGAGGUGUCUGGACAAAUAAACGACAAAAGUUUGAAGAACUCUCUUGGUGCAGAGAUGAAAAGUCGUUACGGUCUUGACCCAAGUUUGAUUGAUAAUCUCCAGUACGACCCAGACGCACGCAUGAUUGUGAUGGAUGUGAAGAAACCCAAGGGGGAUCGAGCGAUCGACUUGGGUCGUAUGGCGUACUACAUGGAGAAAGACGUGAAAAUCCUCCCCCUGUUCUAUAACGACUCCAAAAAGUUCAUCACUAGUGUGGAUGGGCAGAGCCUGGGGAUGGAGAACAUCCUGGUGUACUACGUGGAUGAGGUCGCUCCGACCUUUACCAUGAAGAACCUUUCAGGUGGGAUCAUCGCGGUCAUCGUGGUCGUGGUGUUGCUUGUGGUUGUGGGUCUGCUGCUCCUGUUCUUGUACAGACGACAACAGAAGAAAAAGUACAAGAAGACGCCGCAAAGGGAGCUGGACAACAUGUAAAGCGUUUGGUUUACGGAGUCGUCUACAGAGUGUGCCUCGUUAUUUUACAAGCGUGCGGAAUGAAGACAGAAAUCUGUGGGUUUUUUAGCUAGUCCCCCCCCCCUCCUUUAUUUUUUUUUUAAUAAACACUGCGUAGCAUCUUUAUUGAAUUACUCUGUAUGUCAGGUCUCAGAUUCAUUGUAAAUGCCAUGAUGAGUUUUAAACAUGUUGGUAGGAAAUUCUGUGUCAUUGUACAGUUUUGUUUGAAUUGUUUAAAUAAACACUUUUAAAAUA